GAUCUCUGAAACAGACUCCAAGGCUCCCUCUCUCUUCCUAAACACACAGCGACUUUGGGCUGGAUAAUCCUCCAAUUUACCUCACCCUUUCCCUGCUAGCAGGAUCAGAUUGCAUUUCUUUCAGUAUUCUCCACUUCCCACUUUCUUGAUCUGUUUAAAAGAAGUGAAGAAGUUAAGUCCUCUUUUCAAUACCUGGAAGGGAAAACAAAAUAGCCUCAAGUCCGUUUUGAAAAAAUCUUUCCAAGAACUUUCGUCAGAGGUUUUACUCACUCUGGAACCACUACUGUACUCUGUGCUUCUAUGAAUUUGGUUAUUAUAGAAAAGAUGAUUUAUGCAAUGAAGAAAGAACACGUGUUUUGGGCUUCUGUAUGUCUGCUGCUUAGUCUUGCCCCUAUGCCUCUUAAUGCUGUUCCUGAGGAAGAUGAAGAACAUACAAAUAUCACAGAUACUGAGUUGCCACCACUGAAAUUGAUGCAUUCAUUUUGUGCAUUGAAGGCAGAUGAUGGGCCAUGCAAAGCGAUGAUGAAGAGAUUUUUUUUCAAUAUUCUCACUCAGCAAUGUGAAGAAUUUGUAUAUGGGGGCUGUGAAGGAAAUCAGAAUCGAUUUGAAAGUCUGGAAGAGUGCAAAGAAAAAUGUGCAGUUGGUUAUCCAAAGAAGAUAUCAAAGAAGACAUUUAAAAAAGAAAAGCCAGAUUUCUGCUUUUUGGAGGAAGAUGCUGGAAUCUGUAGAGGUUAUAUUACCAGGUAUUUUUAUAGCAAUCAGUCAAAGCAAUGUGAGCGUUUCAAGUACGGUGGGUGCCUGGGCAAUCCAAACAACUUUGAAUCCUUGGAAGAAUGCAGGAACACCUGUGAGGAUGUUUUGAAUGAUUUCCAGGUGGAUGAUUAUAGAAAGCAGCUUGAUGCUAUAAACAAUAUCUCUGUGACUUCCCAACCUACCAAAAUUCCCAGCCUUUGGGUUACAAAAGAAAGAACAAAUGAUGGUUGGAAGAAAGCUGAUCAUACUUACCAAGUCUUUCUGAUCACCUUCUGCAUUUAUGUAUCCAUGUCCUUAUUAGCAUUGGAUAGCAUUUUAUGAAUAUGUUAAUAUUUGGGCUUUUGACAUUUAUUAAUAUUUAUAUAGUAUCUAUGAUAGCAUGCCAUUAAUAAAGUUUUAACAUUUGCAUGCAUAGUUAAUAUAGUCCUCUCACUAUCUUACUGGUAAAUUACUAACUAGCAAAGAACAACUAAUAUUCUCAAGUAUUCAUAUCCGUUCUGGGCCUUUGGGGUGGACCUGACCAUUCAUAGAAAAAGUGAGUUAUUUUCCCAAUACUCACAGCCCCCUUUGCUUCUAUACAUCAACUCUUAACAGCUGCCUUGGGACUACAUCAACUUUAUGAUAUUUUGGAAAAAAUCAUCUUUGGGUAGACUGCAAAAGCCUGCUGCCAACCCAGUCUCUGGCACUUGCUCCCUGACUGGGGAAAGGAACACCUACAUACUUCAUCCAGGGCCACAUUGCUCCAUGCCAGCCACCAAGUCCAGGGAGAAUGAGUGGAUGUCAUGUUGAAGAUCAUGUUGGCUACUUGAAACUCCCUCUCUGACCUGACUGUAUUCAAUGUAUGAUCUAGUGGCCAGAUAUCAUAUAUGUGUGGGGAAAAAUGGCAUAGAAAGAAAAUAAAAGCAUAUAAAUAUAUUCACAUAUAAAAAUACAUUAAAAUUGUUUUUGAUUAUCAUUGGCCUUCUGGAAGAAGAUUAUGCUGAUAAAGGACCUAAUCAAAAGCCAAAUACCAGCACUGAUAGAGUUGAUUCACAGAUCUACAACAGAAUAUCCCCACAUACUUGGCCUUGUCUUGUGAAGAUGUGAUUGAUUACCUGUAGAGCAAUGCACAACCAUGGAAACUCUCUGGGAAGAAAACACCCCCAAAGAGUUACACGUUCAUCUGUAUACCCUAGCAAUCAUGAGCAUGCGGACAAUUCAGAAAAACCCCAUUUCACCACAACCCACCUACAAUUCCAAAGGAGGAUCCUGCUUUUCAAAUGCAUUCGUUCUCAAACCAAGAAGCAUAAAAACAUCCCUCAUAAUCUCAAUAUGCCCGCAUAGUAAAUCUGGUGCCUCCUGCUGAAUCUGGCAAGACAACUUUCCAAAAAUAGAAAAUCCUUUGGAGAGCAUCCAUCAGGACUUACGCUUCCUGGCAGGAGGGCUGGUAAAAAAAAACCCAAAAAUGUAGCACUUCAUCUCUGCCACAAUUGAAGCCAUCCAAAUGCUAUCACCCUAGGUAACCAUUGCCUAUCUUUCUAACCUCUUUCUUCCUGGACCAUCUUGAGUCCAACCAAAGAUAUGUUUUUGUCCCAGUCAUAAGAGUCCUCCAGAAAAGAGUUUCUCAACCUGAAUAUACUUUUAAACAAGAAAAGAAGAAAGAACUUUACAGCUUCUAAAGUGUAAACUCCUAAAGUUAUAAACUAUUAUACAACUAUUAUUAUUAUUUAUUAACCAAAAUUUAUUUACAGAGUAAUACAAUCCAAACUACUAGAAAAUAAAUUACUACUACUAAUUUGAUAAGAAAUGUUCUGCCAAAAAGUGAGAGAGAGAGAGAGAGAGAGAGAGAGAGAGAGAGAGAGAGAGAUCCUCAUUGUAAUAUAAAUUUAGUAUCAUAUUGGUGGCAACAGGGCAGGUUAUGAAUGAGAUAGGAAUAGUUUAGAAAAGUUCAUGUGACUCUGUUGUGUGUAAUUCUCUGAAUGCCAUUUUUCUACUUGGAUGCAGGAGUGAAUUUGAGAAGCACUGAUAUAAAACCUGUUCGUUCGGAAAAUCCCAACUUUACAUUUUAUAGGGACACCAUGGAGUGGUGUUUCUAGCUUUCAUUCAUAGCUAAUGCCAUAAAAUGGAUCAGUCUGACUGGUGGAGAUAUGAUCAAAGAGGUCAUAAAAGCCUGGAACUUUUGGUCUGUUAUCUAGAGUUAGUCCAGAUUGAACAUGCCAUAUAAAGUUCUUGCCUUCAAACACUGGAACACUCCAACUGGUUCAGUGCAGUCGUCCCCAAGACUUGUUCCCCACCUCCUUGUUUGGAGAUCUAUUUUAAUUGUUUAUCUUUCUCCUGUUCAAAUUUGAUAACCUCCAAUCCAGGCAUGUGACUAUGGAUAAGACACAUCUAGGACACUGUGGACUCUUCAGUGAAGAGGCAAUUUGCAGAUCAGAUAUGAGUCAGAAAUUAUGCCAGCUUUCUCUUUAGCUGAAAAAAAUUAUUAAAACAUGUUUGUUGAGUUAUUUUUUUUAAUUUUCAGAUUAGUUCUCUGAAUAACAUAAAGUGGUUAAGAACACUUACUUUAUAGACAAAGAUGUGUUUUUAAAUUCCAGUUCUUAUUUCUCCACUUGCUCUGUGACCUUAAAAAAAAAAUCAUAAAACUUCUCUCAGGCUCAAAUUCCUCAUUGGUUAUAAGUGGAUAUUUGUAAAUAUUUUAAUAAUACAAACAUUUCAAUCCCAUGUUUCACACAAAAAAGGAACUUAGAAGUAUUAAUUUUUGAGGUUGUCUUUGAUGAUAUUGAUAAUGAUAAUCAUGACCUAGUUCCAUCUCAGGUUUAUAGCAGAAAAAGAAAUAACAUAAUGAAGCAGUAUUACUUGAAAAUGUUAUUUAUAAUUUUAAUAUAAAAAAUCUUUAAUCUCCAACUGAAGUAUCUUAAUAUAUUUCAAAGUAUUAUUAUCUGAAAUAACAUAUAGCACUUAUAAACAUCAAACAAAAUUAAAAAUACAAGUUUAUUUUUGCACAUUUAGAUUUCAUUUCUGAUUAGAAGACUUGUAAAACUUGUCUUUCCAACUCUGUGACCUGAAUUACACAUCUGCAUACUAAUUUCAGUUCAGUUCAACAAGAGUUGUGCAUCUUCUACAUCAUAGAAAUUAUAAUGAAGACUGGAAUCAUAAGAAUAAUAAGUACAAGGUGGUUUUGUUCUCUACAGGUGUAACUGUUGAAUAGAUGAAGGAUUUAAAUCAAUAAAUGAUUUAACUGUACAGCUGUUAAAAGAGAUUAGAGUCACAGAAAUAUUACCCAUUCUUUGAGUAAUGCCAAAAUUAAAAUUGUGUCUUCUCAGAACCUCUUGAGUGAUCCAUCUUGGAUUUUUUUUUUUUUUUUUUGCCAAGAUCCUGGCUAAUUUGUGGUAUAGUUAAUUCUAUCUUUCUUUAGGGAUUUUUCUAAGUAAAGCCAAAAUGAAAGAAAGACACAAUAAAAUAAUAAAUUAUGAAACAAUUAUACUUUAUUUUAUAAAGAUGUUUCAUAAUAUUAUAAAAAUAAUCCAUAUUUUAAGUCACCCAGUGUAGAAACACUUGACUUAUUUGUUGCUCUCUUUAUAACUACAUUGAGACUGGUGCUUUAUUUUACUCCUUCUGAUAAAAUAGCAAGGGUCACUUUAUAGUCUUCUCUAUUGAAAGUUACUAGAUUCAACCAACACAUUCCUAGAUGAGUGUGUUCAUUAAGCAAGAUCAGAACUUUCAUCAUUCCAUAAUUUCAAUGGUUCAUUAAGGUUUAUUUCAUAAAGUCCAAAUAUAUUAACAUUCAAGGACCUUCUUAAUAUAGUCAGAUCAACUUUUCCAGUCUUGUCCUCUUCUAUUUAUUUUGUUUGCGAAGUAGCCUAGAGUUUGCAUCAUAUCUGAAACAACUACAAACAAUUUCAACCUUUGUGGUAUUACUUUCUUUCACUCAUAUACCCCCGUAUCGCCUCUGCUUAUUAAAAUCCCAUUCUUCCUUAAAAGACAAUCAAAGAACAAAAUGAUCAUUAAUUUUCACAUUUUGCUAAAAUGUUACAGAGGUUUUUUUAAAUUUUGUAUAUCACAAAAUUUUUAAUGUAUUUAACACAUACUUGUCCUAGAAAAAAUUAUAUUCAAAGUUGUUUGAUAAUUCAUCAUUUCAGUAUUGUUUUCUCUUUUUAUGGUUUGUUUAGAAAAAUCCCUGAGUGAUCAUGACUUUGUGAACUCUGUUCAUGGAUUAGGCAGUAUCUAGGAAAAAAAAUCUACCCCAGCAAUUUUCUACUCAAUUUCUCUUUUCAUUUUUCAUCUGUGGAGACUUUCCUGUCUGUGCAAGAUUUCUUACAAUUUAGUCCCUGUGACCUUUUGAAUUUAGAUUCCCUGUCACCUUCUAUAUUUCACCCUCAGUUACGUGGUGCAGCACACACGGAAAACAAAACAUAAUCCCUGAAGUGACUGGUUUCUCAAUUCCUGACCUCUUUUGAGCAUAAUAUGGAAUUAAAUCCCUGCCAGUUUAACAUCGCUGGCCUAAUGAAUGGUGAUAAGUUAUUUUCUUUAGCACAGAGAGAAUGGCAGAUUUACUAUUUAUUCCUACUCAGAAACAGAUUUGUACAGAUCUCCAGCCUUUCAUUUACCAUUUGGCGACACUGGACUCCCUCUAAGGCCUUAUCUUUAUUAUGUAACUCAAAUAAUGUAAAUUCGGACUAUCUAUCUAUCUAUCCAUCUAUCUAUCUAAAUUGGCCAUAUUCACAUUACAGAAAAUGUCAGUAUUCUAGAAUAUUUCAUUUUAUUCUCUCUUCUACUUUUUUUUUUUUUUACUAAACUCACCAUGAAGUAAAGUAAAAGAUGAGAAGAUGUUGCUGAAGGAACCCCAGCAAUAUAAAGUAAAUCAAUCUAUUCUAAAUUAACAUAAAUUAAUUUAUUUUGCAGAACUGUAACAUCUAAGAUCAUUACCUAUUAAAACUCUGGAAUGAUUAUUUUUCCCAUUGAGGGACACCAUCUCAGUUUUAUGCUUCAUGAAAAACAUAUAACAUUUUUCAUUCUCAUUUGUGUGUGGCUUUAUAUGUGUGUGUGUGUUUAUGUGUGUGUGUUUGGUGUGUUGACACAAAACUAAGUCAUUUUAUUCUUUCUAAGGUGCAUAUUUUUCAACAUGUUAACAUGGUUGUAAUUAUGAUGAAGCUUUGAAUCAAUCAUGUAUUACAGUGUGUUUUUUUGUUUAUUUGUAAAUUGUAAAUAAAAUAAUGCAUUUUAAAUUUAAAUGUCA